AGCACAACAGUGGCAUUCUGGUUCACAAUGUUUACUAACGGACAAGAUUGCUGCUUUGGAGGAAAAUAGGCGCUCAAGACAAUUAUAUUUGGCUUUGAACAACGACUAAUCUAUUUACAACGAAAUGUCGGGGAAAUUAGAGAGCAAACACGACUCCCAGAGGUCUCAUCUCUCCUCUUUCACCAUGAAGUUGAAGGAUAAAUUUCACUCGCCAAAAAUCAAACGAACACCAUCUAAGAAAACCAAACAAAUGCAACCAGAACCCACCAUCAAAAACACAGAGAAACCAGUCAACAAGAAGGUGAGCCGAUUGGAGGAACAGGAGAAGGAGGUCGUGAGCGCGCUACGUUAUUUUAAAACCAUUGUGGACAAAAUGGCUGUUGACUCAAAAGUGCUACAGAUGCUGCCAGGAUCAGCCAGCAAAGUCCUGGAGGCCAUUUUACCUCUAAUGCAAGUGGAGGCCAGGAUACAACACAGUUCGGCUGUGUCUUCCUGUCACAAUCGUGUGUAUCAGAGUUUGGCUAAUCUAAUUCGCUGGGCUGACCAGGUCAUGCUGGAGGGUGUUGACCUCGAUGACAAGGACACUGUGACAACCGUUACUGCAGUGAUUAAAGCUGUACUGGAUGGUGUGAAGGAGCUGGUGAAACUAACCAUAGAAAAGCAGGAGCAGCCAUCUCCCACUUCUCCUAAUAAACCAGCGCCCCCUGUGGCCAAAGCAGCAAGCAUUUGUGAGGUGCCUUUGACUGAGCGGGAGAAGGAGAUCCUGAGCAAGACCACGCCCAUAACUACACCCACGGACAGUUUGACUGACAUGUCAGAAGAAGAAGUAGCUCCACCCAAACCACCUCUCCCAGGGCUGAAACUGGCAGAGCACAGGAGCAGGAUGCAGUUGCUCUCAGAUGCUGUUGCCGGGCAACGGAGAGCCACGCUAAUGGAGAACCCGCCUGCCCUCCCUCCUAAGAAGCGGCAGUCUGUUCCUUCCCCUACCCGUGUUGCCGUGGUAGCGCCAAUGAGUCGAGCCAACUGUGGGCUUAGCCUACCUCCAGGUGCCCUCCGAAAGCAGGACUGUGAGGCAGACGUCCUUCAGAGGCGUUUCUCAGGAGGCAGCCAAUCAUACGGCGGCGAUUCACCCCGCCUCUCCCCCUGUAGCAGCAUGGGAAAACUUAGCAAGUCUGAUGAGCAGCUGUCAACUUUAGAGAGAGACAGCGGACAGUGCUCACGCAACACCAGCUGUGAAACGCUUGAUGGUUAUGAUCCAGACUAUGAUUUCCUGCAUCAAGAUUUGUCUGUGUCAGAUUCUGUGUCUAUGGGGGGUUGUUUGAGCCCCCUCCCAGAGUCUCACAGCGAGUCCUCCUCCCCCAUCCCGGGCCAAGCGCCAUUCCACCCCCGCUUUAGCAGCCCUGUGAUCCCAGCCAGCUCCCUGGACCACGCCAACUCCUGCCCACCCCCCGCCCUCCCCCAGAAAAAAAGACGCAGCGCACCGAUCAUAUCGUCCUUCCCGCUGUACGAGCGACUCCCCUCCCAGUAUGACAACUUAUCAGAGGAGGAGCAGGCGACUCCGCCCUUCCCCCUGUUGACACCUGUGUCGCCAAUGCCACAGUGCAAUGGGGGGGCUUUUGUGUCCCAGUGUUUGGCCAGCGACAGCCCCCCGCCUCUACCGGAGAAGAAGAGCAAACACAUCCUACAGUAUAUGCAGUUCAUGGAGGAUUAUUCAGAGCCUCAGCCUUCGGUCUUUUAUCAGACCCCUCAGAGUGAGAGCAUUUAUGAACAACGCCGAAACAAACGCUUCCAGGAGCUCUAUGGUCUCAACCACUCCUACAGCAGCACCGACUCUGUGCACGAACACAUACACUCACACACACCGCCAGCCCUGCCACCCAAACAGAGACAGCUGGCCUCCCACUCCUCUUCUCCCUCUUCAUCCUCCUCUUCCUCUCUCUCUCCCCUCCCUCCAUCUGCUGGAGUUCCGGAGGAGGCGGAGCCUGUUCUCAGUCUCAGCCUAUCAGUGUCUAGCAACUUCUUGAGUGGCCACACCUCUUUGGCUAUGCCCAUGAGCUCUGACUCAACUGGGCUGACCAAUACCGGUGCAGUAGCAGAGGUUGGGGGUGUGCCCAAUGGGUCUCUGGCCAGCUCAUUGGUCUCUCUGGCUGUCUGUCUUCCUUCUGAGACUUCUCUCUCUGACUCUCUCCUUACCUCUGCGAGUGAGAGUGCCAAUGACGAGGCAGGGGAGGGAGAGUAUGUCAAUCUUUAUUCCUCUGACCAGUCAAACGGUGGCGUCACACACCGCAGUACAACCAUCCCCUGUGAUGAUGUGCUUUGUGACUCUGUCCCUCACGUGUCCCUGUCCAAUAGCAAAGAGGCUUUAACCAAGGAGAGGGUGAGGUCUGCCGAUUCAGGGCAGCUGGAUGAUGAUGUAGACGAGCUCUCUCUCAUCGACCACAAUGAGAUCAUGAGCCGCAUCACUCUCAAGGCAGAGGGUGAUGAUGGUCCUGAUGUUCGUGCUGGAUCUGCUGAUAUACUGUUAGUCCAUGCCACAGAGACUGACCGCAAAGAUCUGGUCUUGUACUGUGAGGCUUUUCUAACUACAUACAGAACGUUCAUUACUCCAGAAGAGCUCAUUAAAAAACUGCACUACAGAUACACUCGUUUCUGCCACAGCCCUGACACCUUUAAGAAGCGUGUGAGUAAAAACACUUUCUUCGUGCUGGUGCGUGUGGUGGAUGAACUCUGUUUGGUGGAGCUGACGGAGGAUAUCCUGAGGCAGUUGAUGGAUUUGGUGUUCCGGUUAGUGUGUAACGGCGAGCUUAGUUUGGCCAGAGUUCUGCGCAAAAACAUCCUGGACAAAGUGGAGCAGAAGAAACAGCUGCAGCGCACACACACACUCAAGCCUCUCUCUGCACGCGGAGUCUCAGCCAGACCAGGCACACUGCACGAUUUCCGCAGCCACGAGAUUGCCGACCAACUUACCUUGCUUGAUGCAGAACUCUUUUACAAGAUUGAGAUUCCUGAAGUUUUGCUCUGGGCAAAAGAACAGAAUGAGGAGAAGAGCCCCAAUCUCACACAGUUUACAGAACAUUUUAACAACAUGAGUUACUGGGUGCGCUCUAUAAUAAUUCAGCAGGAGAAAGCUCAGGAUAGAGAGAAGCUGCUCCUUAAAUUCAUUAAGAUUAUGAAGCAUUUGCGGAAGCUGAAUAACUUUAACUCUUACCUGGCGAUUCUGUCAGCGUUGGACUCUGCUCCAAUUCGACGGCUCGAAUGGCAAAAACAGACCUCUGAGGGUUUGGAGGAGUACUGCACUUUGAUUGACAGCUCCUCAUCGUUCCGUGCAUACCGAGCAGCUCUAGCAGACGUAGAACCUCCAUGCAUCCCUUACCUUGGAUUGAUUCUUCAGGACCUGACAUUUGUUCACCUUGGCAAUCCAGAUUUGAUUGAUGGAAAGGUGAACUUCUCCAAGCGUUGGCAGCAGUUCAACAUUCUAGACAGCAUGAGACGCUUCCAGCAAGUACACUAUGAGCUAAAGCGAAAUGACGACAUAAUCUCCUUCUUCAACGACUUCAGCGACCACUUGGCCGAAGAGGCACUGUGGGAACUCUCGUUGAAGAUCAAACCGCGGAACAUCACACGCCGCAAGACAGAACGCGAGGAGAAAACUUAGGAACAGAGAACCGUAGUGCUGCUUUGUGGAUUUUCUCCAGUGAGAUGUGAAAUGACUCGUGCAGAACAAUAAAACAUCAGAAACAGACCUUUGAAAUGGCUGAGAGAACUCUGCUCUCUGACGAGGCAAGAACUAUAGAACCCAAAGCACGAGAGGAGAGGCUCUGUGUGUGUGUGUGUGUGUGUGUGUGUGAGUGAACUGAAACAAAUUGGCCUCCUGGGCUUAGAGCUCACACACACAAGCUGAACUCUCCUGCUCCAUACACACUCAGAGGCUCUCUGUGGAUGUGUGUGUGUGUGUGUGUGUGUGUUUCUUAGCUCUACAUGCACAUUGGGAGCUUUGCUGAGACUGCUACGACACUGUGAUUUCUUCAGUGAGUGUAUUUGGACUGGACUGCACUGCAACGGGAACUGAAUCUGACCUCCAGUUUGUGUAUUUGGACUGUUAGUGAACUGGGGUUUGAACAGAGCGCUUCUGUGGCAGAAUAUUGAAUUCCUAUUGAUGGACACAUUGGAUAGGAGGCCAAUGGGAAUCUCUUUCCCCCUAUCCAUUUGUUCAUCAACAGACACUCAAUACUCUGGGGAGGGGGGGGGAGAAAAAAAGUAAGACAGAAGAUCUUGGACUAAUCAUGGACGGGCUGGGUUCACCACUCGCAUGCAUUUCUUGUCCUCCUUGUAAACUCAAGUGUGUGUGUGUGUGUGUGUGUGUGUGUGCGCGCGCGCAAGCUUAUGUUGCCAUGUGUAUAUAAGCUCCCCACUCUCCACAACGGCUGACCCAGUCUCCGUGGCAGCAGUCUGCCGAGUGGUCCAGAAUGGAGCCUGUGAUGUCCCAGUUGGAAUGUUGAGGUCAGCGUCGCCAGGUAACGGUGCAGUUUGAUAUGACCGUGAGGGUAAUAUUUUGUUUCUUUGAGAAAUUGUGUAUAAUUUUUUUUCUGUUUGAUAUUUAGUGUAAUGAUCAUGUAGAUCAUGUACAUAUAUAUAAAUAUAUAUAUAAAU